UCCAAUAAAUGUAGAAAAGUUAAUUUAUGAAAGGAGAAUGACGGACAAAACUGUGUACAUUUAUGCCUCACAAUGUAUAUUCGUUUGUGCUAUUAUAUAUGGUUACCAAGGGAUACAUUUAGAGAAUGCGCAUAAAUGGAUAAACAUUGUCGCGCGCUAUGUCGUCUAUAUGUUGAUAAUAAAAGGUUCCCGAGAGGCGUGUGCCUUAGGCUAUUCUAUUUUACAGGCACAAGAAAAAUUUAAUAUUGAAGAAAUAAUAAAACACAGCAAGAAAUAUGCUUUUAUAUUUAUAACAUCGAUAGCUAUAUUAAUGUAUAAUAAACAAAGGAUUCUUGAUGAGGACUUCCUGCUUUGGUUUAUAGCGUAUUUGGUGACGAAAUAUCCGGAAGUGGAAUCAAAUUUGGUUACCAUAAACUACGGCGUGGGUAUGGCGUGUAGUUACUUUGAAGGUUAUUUAGUACAUGUGAUACCGAGCGAUGGCGCGAAAUUUGUCGGCUUUGAAGAAAACAUGGAUAAAUACGCAGCUAAACAAGGCAUCGUCUUCCCUGUGAAGAGAUUAUUUAUCAUUAUAUCUAAGUCCAUGUACUGUCCACCUGAUUUGAAGCAUUUUAAUAAAGCCAACAGAGAAGAUUUGCCGUAUCUAGAAGCUUGUCAGUCUUUAGAAGAGAUAGAAAAGGACGUGGCGGGGGUGAAAAACCGCACGUACCGUAACUCCGCGUACAAAAUAUAUCGGCCGGGCAAACCCCCUGUAUACCUGUCCGCGGAAUGCGCAACGCCGCUACACACGCUACACAGGGUGUUGCAGAAGACAGCGCUCUACGAAGAUUUAGCGAAGGUAAACGUACCCGAAGUGGUAUCAGACUUCUGUCGCACGCUCGCCUCCGUCAUAGCCAAGAGUCCCGAGUGCAGGGACAAGUGCGAACUCGUGUACUACGAUGAUACGGACCCCAAAGCAAACUUAGCCAGCAUAUUGUUAAACAAGAUUCGAGACUUGGAGCCAAACUUCGAGAAUUUAAAGAACGAAUAACAUUUUGACUAUGCGGGAGUUGGCACUGACGAAACAUGUUUCAAUGAUUAAUCAGUGCAAACUCAUUUAAAGCAAAUGACUAUACUAUGAUAAACAUAGAUAUGGUGAUGCUUUUAAUUUUUUUCCAUAAAUAUAAGUAAAAUUAAAAAAAAUAU